CUUCUAUGUAUUAUCAAGACGUUUUUCUAGUUCUGUAAUGUGAUAUAUAAGUUGGGGUCUUAGUCAGUCCGUUAUGCCUGUUGCUUCAGCAGUCUUAUAGGUGAAAAGAUGGUUGCUCGGGACUUCCAAGUUGAUUUGAAUAAAGCCCUCGUAUUCCAGGUUGGCCAUCUUGGAGAGGCAUAUCACGAGUGGGUUCACCAGCCUAUUGUCUGCACUGAAAGCCCUCGAUUUUUUGAAAUUGAAUUUUUGGAGUUCUUGACCCGCACUGUGUGGUGGGCAGUUCCUACCAUAUGGCUUCCAGUUGUGUGUUACUCCAUCUCCAAGACCGUACAGAUGGGCCAUUCCUUUCCUGAAAUAGUUCUGAUGGUUCUUUUUGGCAUUUUGGUGUGGACAUUGCUUGAAUAUACAAUUCACCGUUUCCUUUUCCACAUUGAAACCAAAAGCUACUGGGGGAACACCAUACAUUAUGUUCUCCAUGGCUGCCAUCACAAACACCCAAUGGAUAGUUUGCGACUUGUUCUUCCUCCGACUGCAACAGCUAUUUUAUGUCUUCUAGUAUGGUAUAUGUUUAGGCUUUUAUCACCUCCAUCAGUUGCUCCGGCUUUGUUUGGAGGAACCUUGUUGGGAUAUGUAGCAUAUGAUGUCACUCAUUACUACCUACACCAUGGGAAGCCAUCUAAAAGAUUGACUCAAGAUCUGAAGAAAUAUCACUUGAACCAUCACUUCAGAAUUCAAAGUAAGGGAUUCGGGGUCACUUCCUCCUUAUGGGACAAUGUUUUCGGAACAGUGCCUUCAACAAAAGCUGCCGAGAAAAUGAGUAACCAGUAGCACCGGCUGGGUUAACAUGGAUCUUCUUGCUACUGUACUAGUAACUAGGAACAAUAACUGCAUAUUUGGAGCUAUAUAUGGAACAUGACUUAGACGUACAAUAAUGAGUCCAUUAAUACAUGAAGGACGUCUGGCUGCUUUGGAUAUGUACAACUGCUGAGGGGGAUUGGUUGCUUUGGCUCCAUAUGACAGAAACUGGCUCUGUAAUAUUAUUGUUCUUGUAUCCUGUAUGCUUGUUACAACAAUAAUAAAUCGGACAUCUAUGUUCAUGCUCGAUGCCUUUUUAUUGUUCUUCUGCUUCCAUUCU